UAUUCGCUACCCACUCUCAUUGGUGGUGGAGCCGGUGUGCUUUGGCCUCUCAUUGGCUGCCAAGGAGGCCGACUUUGCCCCGAUUGGCUUGCUGGCGGUGGCCGCCCCUCAGGGGGCCGAGCGGUGUGUUUGGGCUGGAGAGUUGUCGGCGGAGCGGACUUGGGAGCUGCUGCUGUGGCUGCUUCUGCUGCUGCCGCUCAGCAGCGCGUGCCGGCGUUGGCGCGAGGCGCUCCCGCCAGGGCGCCUCCCGCUCCGCAGGAGCGCUCCCCCUCGCCUCAGCCGCGGGGGCUGGACGCGGGAUGGGUCGCCUCAGGCGGGGUGAUGCGCGGCGCGCUGGGCUGAGCUGGGCUGAGCGGAGCUGAGCGGAGUGAGCCGCGGCCGCCUGCGAGCACCAUGCUGUCGGAGAGGGAGCCCGACGCCCCUCAACUGCGGGAUCCGACCGGACCGGCUUCACUGGCAGCGCCCGGCAGCGCCUAAACCCGCGCCGCGCUGCCCCCGUACAUCGCCAUGGACGAGCGCUUCAACAGGUGGCUGCUGCCGCCGCUGCUGGCACUGCUCUUCUUGCUCAUCGUCUACCAGUACGUGUCGCCCGCUUGCCCCGGCGCCGCCUGCCCCCGCCGCUCGCCGGCCUCAGCUGCCCGCCGCGGGGAGGGGGCGGCGGAGGGAGAGGAGGAAGAGGCAGCGGCGAACGCCGCGGAGGAGGAGGAGGUGGCGGCGGUGCUGCCGCGGCUGGUGGCCAAGUUCCCGUUCGCACGGGGGGAGCUGUGUCGGCGGGUGCGGUUCGACAUGCGGGGCCGCGACGUGAUCGUCUUCCUCCACAUCCAGAAGACGGGCGGCACCACGUUCGGGCGACACCUGGUGCGCAACAUCCGCCUGGAGCAGCCCUGCUACUGUCGGGCCGGGCAGAAGAAGUGUGCAUGCCACCGUCCGGGCGGCGACAAGGACACCUGGCUCUUCUCACGCUUCUCCACCGGCUGGAGCUGCGGGCUGCACGCGGACUGGACCGAACUCACUAGCUGCGUGCCCGCCGCUAUGGAGCGCCGCGGCUGUACCGGCAACCGCACCCUCAGGAACUUCUAUUACAUCACGAUGCUGAGGGAUCCAGUCUCGCGCUACUUGAGUGAAUGGAAGCACGUCCAGAGGGGUGCAACGUGGAAAACUUCCCUUCACAUGUGCGACGGAAGAAGCCCAACGCCAGACGAGCUGCCUACCUGUUACGAAGGCGACGACUGGUCUGGAGUCAGCUUACAGGACUUCAUGGACUGCAGCUACAACUUGGCCAACAACCGCCAGGUGCGCAUGCUGGCAGACCUCAGCCUGGUGGGAUGCUACAACUUGACUUUUAUGAAUGAGAGCGAAAGAAACGCGAUUCUUCUCCAAAGCGCCAAGAACAAUCUGAAAAACAUGGCCUUCUUUGGGCUCACGGAGUUUCAGAGGAAAACGCAGUAUCUCUUUGAGAGGACAUUCAGCCUGAAAUUCAUUGCCCCUUUCACCCAGUUCAACGUUACACGAGCUUCCAACGUGGACAUCGGCGAGGACGUGCGGCAGCGGAUAGAGGAGCUAAAUUUCUUGGACGUGCAGCUGUACGAAUACGCAAAGGAUCUGUUCCUGCAGCGCUUCCAGUACUCCAAGCAAGAGGAGCAUCAACAAAACCGGCUAAAGAGGCGAGAGGAGCGACGGCUGCUGCGAGAGCAGAGAGCCCACCAAUGGCCGAGGGAAGAGGCAGUAGAAGUAGCUGUUACUGAAGAUUAUAAUAGUCAGGUCGCAAGGUGGUGAUGCUCGUCCACCUUGACCAAGCAGUGAGAAGAUCAGAGAGUUUGUGCAACUUGGCUACCUGGGAAUUAGCCAAGGAAGGCCUACUGCUUUGGUAAAUGAGACUGUAACUUGACAGCUACCCCUCCUUGUCUCAAUCUUUCUUGGUUUCUGCCAAUGAGGAGACUUUUUGUUUUCCCAAUAGGCAUUGAGUAAUGUUUUUAAAUGGCAGUCAAAUAGAUUCCUCUCCAGAAAGACUUCCUUCAAAGCCCUGAGCUAUGAGGAUGUGUUGAAGAGAGAACUAUAGCCUUUCUGUUAACAGGUGUGCCCUAGACAAUGUGAGCUGCCAAAACUUGUACUGACAAUAAACAUAGUUUGGUCCCUCUAUGACAUGAAAGCCAGUUUACUUCUGCUGUCCCUUGCAGCUGUAGUGCACAGCUUUCUAGUGAAUGCAAUGGAGGAAACUGCGUUGCCCUUCUAACUUCUAUAUGCCAUGUUUUGAUUAAGGGAAGAAUUUGCUGAGGUGAUUUUAAAACCUAGGAAAAUGUGGGAUUGAGGCAUUGCUUGUUCUGUUCUGUUAGCAAGCAAUCAGAGAUGAUUUAUAACUGAAGUGAUGGAGGGGUUAGCUUCUUUCUCCAUAGAUGCAGAGAGUACCAAAGCUAGUCAGGCUUGAAAAAUGAGGUCCAUGUGGCAGCUGGGCACACGUCACAGAGAUUACCUGGCUGGAGGCACUGGAAUUGGCCUUAGCUUUCACAAAAGGUGAAGAGGGACCAAGCAAACUACAGGACCGAGGAAAGAGAGAGCAGGAAGAGCUUAAAUGUUAGUGUGACAUUUUCCAGAUUUGCUGUGAAAGCCUGGAGGAGAUAACAUUGUCUGUGAAGGUAGGCAGGUUUAUGAUACUGUCUGUUAAAAUACAUUGAUGCAAGUGAAUACAAUUUAAAUUGGUUUUCUCUUCAACUACAGUAGUGGGUAGGGAAAAAAAGUCAGCUUUCAUUUUUAUAGGAUACGAAAUGGAUAUGUGGAAACUCUUGAUAUUUAUUACUCUGUAUGAAGAUGAUUUGUAAAUUUAUUGCUUUCAUGAUGAGAUACCUGUAUCUGCUUUUCUUCCUUGUCUAGAAAAACAUUCGGUGGGUUCUUCCACCAUUACAUUCUUGUGGCUAAACUGCAUUCUAUUUAUCCCAAGAUUUUAUGUUGUUCCAUUUGUAAUAGUGUAAUUUUAAAAAGAGAGCCCAUGCACCAUC